CGGCGGCGGCGGCGACAACGACAGCUACCCAAUGGUUCCCUUGUAACCCGAAGCCACUUUUCAAGGUUGCACCAAAGCAGCAAUGUCGCCGCCGCCGCCGCCGCCGCCGCCGCCUAACUGGCGCCUUCUUGGCUUCAGCUUGUUGGUAGGCUCCUUCUGCUUCGCCCUGGAGUCCGCAGCUCAAGGCAACUCUGCUACAGAUGCUCUGAAUGUCCUUCUGAUCAUUGUGGAUGAUCUUCGCCCCUCCCUGGGCUGUUAUAGCGAUAAGCUAGUGAGGACCCCAAACAUUGACCAGCUGGCAUCCCACAGCAUUCUCUUUCAGAAUGCCUUUGCACAGCAAGCAGUGUGCGCACCAAGUCGAGUGUCCUUCCUCACCGGAAGGAGGCCUGACACCACCCGCCUGUAUGACUUCAAUUCCUACUGGAGAGUACACUCGGGGAAUUUUUCCACCAUCCCCCAGUACUUCAAGGAGAAUGGCUACGUGACCAUGUCGGUUGGGAAAGUCUUUCACCCUGGUAUAUCUUCCAAUCACAGUGAUGAUUCUCCGUAUAGCUGGUCUUUUCCACCUUAUCAUCCAUCAUCAGAGAAAUAUGAAAACACUAAGACAUGUAGGGGACAAGAUGGAAAACUCCAUGCCAACCUGCUUUGUCCUGUGGAUGUGGCAGAUGUGCCCGAGGGCACCUUGCCUGACAAACAGAGCACUGAGGAAGCCAUUCGGUUGUUGGAAAAGAUGAAAAUAUCAGCCAGUCCUUUCUUCCUGGCGAUUGGGUAUCACAAGCCACACAUCCCCUUCAGAUACCCUAAGGAAUUUCAGAAGUUGUAUCCCUUGGAAAACAUCACCCUGGCUCCUGAUCCCCAGGUCCCUGAUGGCCUACCACCUGUGGCCUACAGCCCCUGGAUGGACAUCAGGGAGCGGGAAGAUGUCCAAGCCUUAAACAUCAGUGUGCCCUAUGGCCCAAUUCCUGUGGAUUUUCAGCGGAAAAUCCGUCAGAGCUACUUUGCUUCUGUGUCCUAUUUGGAUACUCAGGUUGGGCAUCUUUUGAGUGCUUUGGAUGAUCUUCAUCUGACCAGCAACACAAUUAUUGCUUUCACUUCUGAUCAUGGGUGGGCCCUAGGUGAACACGGAGAAUGGGCUAAAUACAGCAAUUUUGACAUCACUACACGUGUGCCACUGAUGUUCUAUGUUCCUGGAAAGACAGCCCCACUUCCUGGAGCAGGCGAGAAGCUUUUUCCCUACCAGGACCCCUUUGAUCCCACCUCAGAAUCGAUGGAUCCAGGUGGGCACGUCACGGACCUUGUGGAACUUGUUUCUCUCUUCCCCACACUUGCUGGACUUGCCGGACUACAAGUUCCUCCGCGGUGCCCCAUCCCUUCUUUUCAUGUUGAGCUCUGCAGAGAAGGCCAGAAUCUCCAGAGGCAUUUGCAGCUCCAUGACUUGGAAGAGGAUCCACACUUUCUUGGUAAUCCCCGGGAGUCAAUUGCCUAUAGUCAGUACCCCCGGCCUGCAGAUUUCCCUCAGUGGAAUUCUGACAAGCCAAGCUUAAAAGAUAUAAAGAUCAUGGGCUACUCUAUACGUACAAUAGACUAUAGGUAUACAGUGUGGGUUGGCUUUAAUCCUGCUGAAUUUUUGGCUAAUUUUUCUGACAUCCAUGCAGGGGAACUCUAUUUUGUGGAUUCUGACCCACUGCAGGAUCACAAUGUAUAUAAUGACUCCCAACAUGGAGAUCUUCCCCACUCAUUGAAGCCUUGAGUUCUGCCAGCCUCGGAGGACCGCAUAUGUGUCCUCUUGCCCCCUUCUGUCUCAUGAAAGGUGGCAUUAGAGGUGGCUAUCUUUUACAACCUAUUGUAUUAGAUAUAACCUUAGUGGGUAGCAAUCAAAACAGCAUCAUCAAUUUGGCUUAGGACUAUGUGGCAGAUAAAUCUUUUCAUUUAGUUCUUCUUAAGUUAUAAAUGAUCAUUGGAUUUAGGCUAGGCUGAAGCGCUUCCAUUUUAAAAGCACUCAUCACUUAGGUUAAGUAAGUACAAAAGUGAACUUAACAAAAUGUAAUCAUACCUUUGUAUAUGUAAUCCAUGGUAGCCAAGACUAGUACUGUACUAAAAUAAUUUACUUGUUGAAUUUAGUGCAUUUCAGAAAGUGACCAUAUUAUCGUAGGUAGCCCAGUGUAGUCAAAACAUGUUAACAUGGGAUUUAUUUCUUUCUCAAAUACGAAAUUAAGUAAUAUUUCUAGAAGCAACUUCUAUAUGGUCUAUGAUCAACUUUUGUUUAUAAGACUACAGAUUUCAAAAUGAAAGAUAAAAUACACAUGGGAUUAUUAAUGCAGCAUUUCUUCAUUAAAUAAUUAGUGCUUAGUAAAGUAUGGAUAAAGGUACAAAAUUCAAUUAACUAUUUCAAUACUUGCUAACCCAAAUAAUAAUUUGCCAGUAAAUAGUAUAACUCUUGAACUUGGUAUCUGUUAAAAAGUCUGUUAUUCACAAUGAAAAGCAUUUAAAAUGUAACUAUACCCAUGAUUUGAAUCAUUCAAGAUCAUAUUCCUAUUCAUAGUUAGAGAAUUGCAAAUACCCACUUAUCCUGGAGGCAGGAGCUAUUCUACUUCUACUUUUUGGUAAAGAAAACAUAAACUUAUGAAGUGUACAUUAUUUUAUGGCUUGUGGAAACUUUAGGGUAUAAGUAAUUUUCAGAAUGUACUUCUGCAUUCCCUGAAUAUUCCCUAAAUAUGAAAGUAAUAAGAAGGUAUGUAAUAGGGAUAAGGUUAUUUCAUUACCUACCUUUGUUUAAAAAAAAGUCAAUUCUGUAAUGUGCUGAAAACUGUUCAGUUAUCAUUAGUCAACAGUUUUCCAACAUACAGUGCUUUUAGUCUUGUAUUAAAUGAGUAAUUUCAAUAAUUUUCUCCUUAAAAAUGCCCCAGUCUUUCAAAGUAAAUGUUUUUUUUUUUUUUUUUUUUUUUUGGUUUUUUCGAGACAGGGUUUCUCUGUAGCUUUGGAGCCUGUCCUGGAACUCCCUUUGUAGACCAGGCUGGUCUCGAACUCACAGAGAUCCGCCUGCCUCUGCCUCCCGAGUGCUGGGAUUAAAGGCGUGCGCCACCACCGCCCGGCCCAAAGUAAAUGUUUUUAACAUAAAAUAUAGCAAAUAGUUAAGUAGAUUUAAUUACUCUUGUAUAUUAAAUUAUAACCCAAAAGCCAAGAUAUUAUUUUUAAGUCUGUAAAAUCUCAAAGACAGAUUGUUUUUAUGAGUUGGCCUACAGUAGAGGGGUAGCUGAUAGCACAGUUAUUUUCCUGAGCAAUCAAGUGACUGUCUUGGCAACAGCAAUUUGUAUUUGGGGAUUGAUGGUCCCAUUUGUCUCUCCUGAUCCCUACAUUUGCCUCUCAUCUAGAAACUGGCUUUUGUAGAUGUUUUAUUUCAGUUUCUUCUUGUUCUUCAUCUUUAUUGUUCUCAUUGUAUUUACUCAGUGCCAUUUUUACAAUUUAGAAAUUCUUCACAGCAUGUUUUUAUCUUGCUUAGCUUCAUCUCUUACUCCACAGUUAUAGGGACAGAUUUUGAUAACAGGUUUUUUUUUUUAUUUUACAUUCAUUUAUUGUUUCUGUUUGAUCAUAGUAUAUACAUUUCAGUUUUCUUAUUUAAUCUCCUGAACCACAGUUUUAGUGUUAGCCCCCUCCAAAUUCUGCCUCUGAUGAAAUCAUAAGCCCAGUGGUGCUAUCCACUUAGUAGUUACAAGACAUUUGUGAUUAUUCAAAUUUAAAUUCAUUGACAUGAAAUAACAUUUUAAAUGAUUUCCGGUACGUCGUAAUUCAAGUGCUCAGUAGCUAGACAUAGAGCUUUUCCAUCAUAGCAGACAGUUCUACUGGGUAGAACUAUCCUGGAUUCCAACUGAUUAGCAGGUUCCUACUGUCAUGCAUUUGUCCACAAUGAGCAAACUAUGUUUUGUUUAGGCAUAGAGUAGGGAGUUUGCUGUGGCCAUCAGCCUCUUCCUUUCAUUCUUAUCACCAUUGCCUCUCUUCCUUUUUCCUCUCCUUCCCAAAUUGUUUACCUCCCCCCCUUUUCCCUUCCCUGUUCCUUAAGGAAUCCAUGUGUCUUCCUAAAAAAUUCCUCUUGACCCUGCCCUUUGAGAACACCAUCAGUGCCUACUAAGGGUCUAGAAAGACCUCCACUGAGCAGUCAGAGUCUUCCCUGGCUCCACAAUGCCCCUUUCCUUGGCUAACUUUUCCUUGCCAAUCCCUGCCUCCCUGGCCCUUCUAGCUUGUGCCCUCACUUCUUUGCUCCAACCACUUCAUGGUCAUUCUUCAUAGGCUGGCUCCCCUACCCCCACUGCUUAGAGGCUGAGGCUUCCGGGACUCUUUAGAUUGUAUUUUAGGGAAACUGAAUGCUUUUUAAAAAAUCUUCUAUUUACUUCACUUUUUAAAAGGCACUUUUUAUCAUCAUGAAUUUUAUGUGUUAAUUAUAGAAAAAUUGGAAAUCAGAAAUGUAAUAAAACACAAGAAAAUGUCUGAGUGCUUUAUCCUGAGAUUGUCAUGUAAUAUCUUGUUCUUUUGGGUGUAUGAAUGUUUGCCAUUUCUUGAUCCUCUAUGUUCUUUAUAAUGCAGUUUCUGUUCUUACGUUUUCUCUAAAUAUUAUGUAUGGUUUUUUAGUGACUUUCUCAGAUAUUUUAUAUUGCUGGUAAUAUGUUUUAUUGUAUAGUUUUAUUGUAAUUUUCUUAACCUUCUUUCAGUUGUUGGAAAUUUAGGUUAUUUUCAAAUUUUUAGUAUUACACAUAAUGCUAUGAUCAACUUUGUGAAUAAAAUAUUGAGUUCCAAAGUAUUACCAUAGGAUGGUCUCUCACUGCCGAGUCAUCGAAAGCAGCUCUAUUUUGUCCUCUAUUGCUGAUAUAGCAUACUAAAGUUAGAAAACAAAGUCAACAAGCCUAUACAUAAAACCAUAGCAUCGAGAAAGCAAGCCUGUGGUACAAAUAGGUGAAAGUUGUAUCCUGCUUUGACUUCUGAUUCUUUGCAUAUUAGUGACAUAAGCCAUUACUCUCUCUGUGUGACAGUUGAGCUUUGCAUUUCUAGUUGUCUGACUUUGUGUGGUCAUAUUAUGGGUGUUACCUUUAAAUAUAAUAAAAUAAAUUGCUCUUUU